CACAUCCCUUACACCGGUUGUGCUAGCUUGAUCAUCACAGCAAGCAAUGGCCUCCACCAACAGCUGGACCCAUGAGAUUGAGUCGUCGGUCUCUGCAUCGCGCCUCUUCCGUUCCGGUGUCAUGGACUGGCACACCCUGGCUCCCAAGCUCGCAUCACAGAUCAUCACCAGCGCCCAUCCUGUUGAGGGAGAAGGCGGCAUCGCCAGUGUCACACAGUUUAAGUUCACCUCAAUCAUGCCCUUCAACCUCAUGAAAGAGAGGCUCGACUUCAUUGACGUGGACAAGUGCGAGUGCAAGUCAACCCUCAUCGAGGGUGGUGGCAUCGGCACGACAAUCGACACGGCCACGUCGCACAUCAAGGUGGAGCUGGCAGCUAACGGUGGGAGCGUAAUGAAGGUGGAAUCGACAUACAAGUUGCUGCCAGGCGUGGAGGUGAACGAUGAGAUCACCAUGGCCAAGGACUCUGUGACAGCCAUUUUCAAGGCAGUCGAGGCCUACCUUAUCGCCAACCCGGAUGCCUACAACUAA